AUGGGCUUCUUCACCAGAAAGUCCAGAGGGACUACCGACAUUGCAGAGAAGCACUCCCCUCAAAGUACCACCCCUGAAGGCUUGACACCUGCAGCUUCCAUCCACGGACCUGACGACAUUCAACCUGCCGCCGUCGAAGAUGCACUAAAGGAACAACCCGUUACCUGGCUGGCUCUUGUUCUAGGAGGAGUUGCGUCCAUUGGAGGCUUCAUGUUCGGAUACGAGUCUGGACAAAUUUCUGGUUUCCUCGCUAUGUCCGACUUCCUCGACCGUUUCGGCCAAAAUGGCAAGUUUUCAGCUGCUCGUCAAGGUACAAUCGUCGGUCUCCUAUGCAUUGGUACUCUAUUUGGGUGUCUUUUUAGCGGAUGGCUUGCCGACAAGAUUGGACGGAAGAAGACGAUCUGCUUCUCCGCAUUCUUCUACAUCAUUGGCGUUGUCAUCGAGAUCACCAGUCAGAGGCAAUGGGUUCAAUUCGCCAUGGGACGAUUCACAGCAGGUCUAGGGAUUGGCGCACUCAGCACCAGUGUCCCCAUGUACCAAUCCGAGUCAGUCCCAAAGAACAUUCGAGGUGCCAUGGUCAGCUCCUACCAAUUGCUCAUCACCCUUGGCAUCUGGACUGCAUAUAUGGUUAACUAUGGCACGGAGGCUGCAUACAGCAACUCUGCUCAGUGGCGUAUUCCGAACGGCUUGUCUGCUCUUUGGGCCCUCAUUCUGGCUAUCUCUAUGAUCCGCCUGCCAGAAUCUCCUAGAUAUGCGUACCGUGUUGGUCGCAAGGAGGAAGCACGCAAAACCAUGGCCCGCCUGAACGGUGUUUCAAUUGACUCUCCUCUCAUCGAGCACGAGAUCAACGAAAUCGAGGAGAAGAUCCAGGCCGAAAACGUUGACGGCGGACGACACUCCAUCUGGGAAAUCUUUACCGGCCCCCGAAUGUUGUAUCGAACUCUCCUUGGCAUGACCCUUCAAGCUGGUCAACAAUUGACUGGAGCUAAUUUCUUCUUCUAUUACGGCACAACCAUCUUCCAAUCCACCGGCAUCUCCAAUUCCUACAUCACCUCCAUCAUUCUUGGUUCCGUCAAUGUCGGCGCUACCAUUGUUGGUCUUUGGAUUGUCAAGAACUGCGGUCGACGCAAGGCUCUCAUGUACGGUGCUGCCUGGAUGUUCGGUUGCCUCCUGAUUUACGCGUUCGUGGGUCGCUUCUCCCUGUCUCUCGACGAUCCUCUUUCGACUCCUACUGCGGGCAAGGUUCUGAUUGUCUUCACCUGCCUCUUCAUCGUGGCUUUCGCCACUACCUGGGGACCUCUCGUCUGGGCUGUUGUCGGAGAAUUGUACCCAGCGCGUUACCGUGCUCCUUGCAUGGCUCUCGCUACCGCCUCCAACUGGCUGUUCAACUUCCUCAUCUCUUUCUUCACAACUUUCAUCACCAACAAGAUUCAUUAUCUUUACGGCUUAGUCUUCGCUGUCUCCUGCGGCGCCCUCUUCUUCAUCGUCUAUUUCUUUAUGAUCGAGACCAAGGACCGUAGUCUCGAGGAGAUCGAUACUAUGUACAUGCUGCGUGUCCCACCUCGCAAGUCUGCCAGCUGGAGCCCACAUGGUCUCGGCCCAGACGGAAUGGCUGGUAUCAACACUGAUACUUUGUUCUUAAAGAAUGGCGGGAAGGACAUCAAGAAGACCGAGGCGAAUGGUCAAGGCAUGAUGGUUCAUGAUGAGAGAAAUUAUCCUGAAAAUCCAUUGCUAAAGGAGGCUACGGGUGCGGGUGUCACCCCAAUCCCAGCUGCAGCCAAUGCUGCUUCAUAG